CAGCUGUAUGUAUGUCACUCCAAUUUCCGCUAUGGUUCUGACAAUCUCCAUGCCUCUUUCUUUCCGAGUUAGCACUUCGCUCAGGUUUCAAACCAAGGCGUUUGAUUUAUUUUUAAGCCUGUAAAAAGCAAAGAUGCAGCUGCACGUACGUGGAUUGAACACGCACGUCUUGGACGUUCAGCCGGGUGACAAUGUUGCCCAUGUGAAGGCUCUGCUGGCCGGACUGGAGUCCGUCGAUGCUGAGGAACUCCAUCUAUACUGCGAAGGUACACCGCUUGCAGAAGAUGUCACCGUAUCGCAGCUGACUUCGGCCGAGCUCGAUCUUACCGUACGACUGCUCGGUGGUAAGGUUCACGGUUCCCUCGCACGUGCCGGCAAAGUAAAAGGACAAACGCCCAAGGUCGAAAAGAAAGAAAAGAAGAAGAAGAAGACUGGCCGUGCUAAGCGACGCAUCCAGUACAACAGACGCUUCUCGAGCGUAGUGCAGGCGUACGGACGUCGCCGUGGUCCGAAUGCUAACUCGGCCUAAGUAUUGAUCCUAGUGUUGCGGAUCAACGCGAGGGGCUUUUCAUUUGCUUGGAGAAAAUGAAGGUGAAAACUGUCAACAAUCAAUGUUAUUGUGUGCUGGUUAUGGUCUGGCAAUAACAUGGAUUGUUCAAUCGUCAAUAAAAAGCAUUAAAACGCGAA